GGAAUUGUAGAGAAAGAAUCAAGUAAAAUAGCGCAAACAACAUACCAGAAAGCCAGCCAGACUCAGAGUGCCAGCCAGACUGCUCCCUCGCACAGCAAUAACCUUGUAUGAAUGAAACCUGCACACUCGCUGAAGGGAAUGCAUGUAUAUUGAAGGCAGAGACGGAAAAGGUAGAAGAGGGAGGUAUAUGAGAGCUAAUGACUUUUCUCAAGGAGGAUAAGGAAAUAAAAGAAAGUGAAGUGAGAAGGAAGAUGAAUAGGAAGAAAUGGGGAAUUAGUAGGAGGAUGAAAAUGAGGAUGAGGAUGAAGAGAUAGAGAGGAAGGCAUAUGAAAACUUACUACUUUCUUUCAAGGAGGAUAAGGAAAUAAUAAAAGGCUGUUAAAAUGAGAAGUAAGAUGAAUAGGAAGAGAUAGGGAAUAAGUAGGAGGGGAAGGAAUAAGAGAAGGAAAAGGAGAAUGAGCAGGAAUUUGUAAGGAAAAAAAGGUAGGAAGAUAAUGACAAAGAAGAGAAGAAAAACAGGAAUAUAAGAGAAGCAUAAGUUAUAAUAGGUGAAUAGAAAAUAAGGAAGAGGAAUAAGAGAAGAAAGAGGAAGAUGAGCAGAAAUUGUAAGGAAAAGGAAGAGGACGAAGAUAGUAAUGAAGAAGAUAGAAGAAGAAAAAAAAGAGAAAAGCAAGAUAAGCACAAGUUAGAUGCAUGAAUUUAUAAGGAAAAAAAGAAGAGAAAGAAAAUAAUAAUGAAGAAAAGAGAAGAAAAAACAAAACAAAAAGAAAACAAGAGAAGUAUAAGCUGAGAAUGAGAAGUGGAUAGAAAACGAGGAGUGUGCCAGCAGGAGGGAGAUUGGUAGACGUGGCUGCCAGACGUAGUGUUCAACAAGUGACGAGCGAACCUAGAGUGCGGCGGCUGAGAGAGUGCUGGCGGUGAACAGUAGUAAACCUCUUCAGUCUUGCAGCGACACCAAUGCGGGUGAUGGUGCAGCAAGUGAUCCUGAGGCACGCCGGUUCGUGACGGCGCGCGAUCAAUGCUAAUAAAGAGAGACCAGUCCACAAAACUCGAGAAAGAAAUACUGGAGACAACUUGCACGAUGUAAUUACGCCUGGAAAUGGUGGAAAGUAGUGCCGUGACAAAAUUAAUUACCUGCAAGUGAAGAAGAAGGGAAAAAUGAACGCAAUAUGAUUAAAUAUUGCGAGUCAUGAUAAUUGAAGUGAAUGAAGGGACUGACAAGGGCGUCACUGAGGAUGUAAUGCACGGGGAACACAAGUCCUUACUGCUCCUGCUAGUGCUGCUCCUCUGCUCUUGGCCCGCCUGCCCCUCCUGCCCGCCGCUUCACUCCCCGCCGGCUCACUCCUGCCUUUCCGCGCCCUCCACACACGAUUCCUGAGACACAAUGACGGUCGACAACGUGCCCAAGGUCGCUACCGAAGUGGAGAUCGAUGAGUAUAAGAUCCACGAGUCGAAUUCCAACACCAUCAAGUCCAGGUACUGGACCAUUGACCGGAGCCAGGCCAGGAAGCGGGAGCGGAGCGGCGGGAGCUACAGCCACAUCAAGAGGAACCUGAGGGAGCGAGGCCAGCUCUUUGAAGACACUGAGUUCACCACCACCUCUAGAUCUCUGUACGUCCACAAGAAGCCGCACCUUAAUCCCAUUGUGUGGAUGAGACCCCAUGAAGUUUGUGCUCGGCCGAAGUUCAUUGCCGAUGGAGCGACGAGAUUUGACGUGGAACAGGGAGAGCUGGGCGACACGUGGCUGGUGCAGGCGGUGUCUACCCUCACCUUGACCCCGAAAUUCCUCGAUAGAGUGGUUCCCCCCGACCAGGCUUUCGACCACACCUACUGCGGGAUCUUCAGAUUUCGGUUCUGGCACUUCGGUGAGUGGGUGGAAGUGAUCAUUGACGACCGCUUACCCACAUUCAAGGGCCGUCUCGUUUACCUACACUCCACUGAUCCCUCUGAAUUCUGGGCCGCCCUCCUCGAGAAAGCUUACGCCAAGUUCUACGGGAGUUACGAAGCCUUGCAGAAAGGGUUCACCACGAGGGCCCUGCAGGACCUGACGGGAGGCAUCGUGCAAAGCUUCAGUCUCACGAUGCAGGAAAGGUUUCUCACGUACCAGGUCCUCAACUCUGCAGUACCUCGCUCAACGCUCCUCAUCGCUUCUAUAAACCUGGAAAAGGACAACAAGAGAAACCUGCGCCUGAGAAACGGUCUGGUGACGCAACACGCCUACAGUGUGACGGGCCUGGCCAGGGUGCGCACCAAGCUGGGGGAGACGCCCCUCGUCAGACUGCGGAACCCCUGGGGCCGCGGGGAAUGGAAUGGCCCGUGGAGCGAGCGGUCCUGGGAGUGGGAUUCCCUCUCAGAACGGGACAAAGUGCUGCUCUCCGUGCGGGUCAAGAAUGACGGCGAGUUCUGGAUGGCCUUCGAGGAUUUCGCCCGCCACUUCACCCACCUGGACCUGGUGCACGUGGGCCCCGAUGACUGGAUGAACGAGCCCGCCCUGCACUCCAAGAAGCCGUGGCGCGCCGUGCUAGCCAGGCGGCGGUGGCGGGGAGGCUACAACGCGGGGGGCGGCACCCAGCACACAGAAACGACCGCCAUGAAUCCCCAGUUCCACGUGCAGAUCCCCCGCGCAGGUCUGUCCAAGUGUCAUGUGGUGGUGUCCGUGACGCAGCAGUACGACACGUUCCUCUCGGCGCAGGACACCAAGAGGCGCCACCACCUCCAUCCAAUUGGCUUUGCCGUGUACGAGAUCCCACCGAACAUGACCCGACUCACGCCGGCCUUCGUCACCGAACACAAACCAAUGGACGUGACCUCUCACAGCCUGGCGAGGGAGACAGUCACCUUCUUCACGCUGCCCCCUGGGGACUACAUGGUCGUGCCGCACACAGCCCAGCCAAACUGCGACGCAAAAUUCCUACUACGAAUUCUUACCGACGAGCAGAGUAAUAUUUGGGAGGUGAAUGAAGACAAUAUGGUAUUCCGGUCCAUUAGUCUGGAACGAUUGGACGACGGGAUGAAGAUGCGUGAGGGCAGAACGAUGCUACAGAAGCUUCUACACAAAUAUCCGCCGGAACUCGAUCCACAUCUGUUCCACAAAUUCCUGAAGACUCACUGGAAACAGUUCCUGGUCGAGAAGCCGACGCUGGAGUUGGUGAAGAGCGUCAUCAUGCUACGAGACUACAACAUCAGCGGGCGUGUGGCGCUGGUCGAUCUUCCAGGGCUCCUGCUGAUGCUCCAGUUCUGGAAGACUGCAUUUCUUAAAUUUGACCGAAGCCACUCAGGCAAGACGUCCUCCUACCACCUGCGGCCGGCGCUGUGGGAGGCGGGGGUGACUGUGUCUAACAAGGUGCUGGAGUGUCUCGUCUUAAGGUUCGCCAAAAAUCGCAUUCUUACCUCGGAGGCGUUUCUGAUGGCUCUUGUCAGACUGCACCUCGCCCACGAGCGCUACCACAGCAUAGAUACCAAAAUGAAAGGGAACCCGCUGUCCUUAGAAGAGAUGAUCCUUAUGACAACAUAUUCCUGAGCGACAACGCACGGAGGAAAUGUAAGGAAGAAGGAAGACGGGCCACGAAAGAGGAGAGCUCAAAGGAAAAAUGUUGAAAGCGUAAAGGAGAAGAAGGAAGAGGAGAGUGAGAGAGAGGAUAGGGAAAAAAAAAAUCGUUAACGCUUUCCUCUCUUUCCCGAGCACCACUUGGCUGCAGCGUCGCUCCUACAUCUCAGCAAACCUAUCCCAUCCUAAGCCCUUCUCGGGGAAAUGUGAACCCGUGCAUGUACGUGUGUAUGUAAGGUGAAAUGCUGCGAUUUCACUCCAGCCCAGCCCAGCUCUGCCUCCACACACUCCCUUGUGUAAAUAAUGGAAACAAUACUAACUUUCUCAGUGUUACAGUAAAGAGUUUUUGGAGCUUCUAAACACCUUAAGAAAAAAAAACUUGGAAUAUCGAAAUCAAAAUGCACUCUAAAUUAUAUAAUACGGUAUCAAAAAAUGCGAUGUGAUGACCGCCACAAAAUGAUCUUAUAUCGAAAAAUGAAAAAAAAAUAAGAGAAGCUGCAAGAUGCUAUCAAGCCUACACGUGGCGCUCCCUAAAUAACAUACCUAUUUCCACCAAUUAUCCCCAUUCAUAAACUUGCCUAAUCUUCUUUUCAAAACCCCCUAAUGACUGAAUCAAUUCCACUCCGGGAAAGAUAAGCUCCUCACAGCACAGAGCGUCGCAAACAAAGCACGCCUAUCCUUCCGAGUCACCGAGGCGAGAGAAGAGAGAGGCGGCGGCUUAGGCAUCACAACUCUUCCGUGACUCUCCGUGACCUUCGCCAGACUGCAAAUCCCAAAGCCUUCGACUCGUGCUAAUCCCCUUUCCUCUUUCCAAAUGGCUUAUACAUGCAAACAUUUCAUAAUACUUUCUACACAGCAGCUCGGGUAGAGGAGUUUUGGGAGCAGCGAGGCUUGGGAAGGAAACCAUAGCUCGGAAAAAUCGGAAUCAGAUUAGCCUCACGGAAACGCUGACUGGUUGUUGCUUUAGCGGCUCCUGGACCAUCAACAGGAGGCGUCAGAAGAGACAGCAACGUGUAGAGUUCUCAGAUAAGGUGCGGACACUGCCCCAGCUAACGCCCAAUGGUGAAGUGGAUAAAGUAGUCAUGCUAAUGCGAUGUGACAUACGCCUGUUGUCAGAAACGCUUUCCCCUCUCACUACGAUUUUUCAGCGCCACAGAGACAAUUAAGUGGGUUUUCAAGACAGUUUCUCCUUUUUAUAAACUAGGAAUCUUGUCAAUGCAUCAUCAGAACCAUAAAAGUACUCUUAAAAACACGACUAUUAUCAACUGGAGCCUUUGGAAAACAGUUAUGGUGAGAGAGCAAAGCGUUUCAGAAUAUGGGCCUUUCUUGUCUUGAAAAUAUACACGUAAAUGAAGUGUGCCAGAUGCAAAAUGGAAGAGACAACGAUGUACUCUUCUGUUUUGGAAAUUAUACAAAGUGAGUGUGCCAGAUGCAAAGAGGAAUUAUGAUCAGAGUCGAAGAUGCCUGUAGUUCCAUCCAUACAUGUUCGUAUCACUGAUUGCAUUCUUGACAGCAUUCCACCUCCAAAUCACCGUGACCAUAGUGUUGCCCAAAGGUGAAACUUCAGUAUUUUCUAUAGAGCAUCGAUAAGUAAAUGAAGAGCUCUGAGUGUACCUGUUGUUAAUACCUGCCAAGCUUUAUACUCUCGGUCAACUACUAUUUAUGAGGCUCUAGUUGUUUUGAACGUUCUUAUAUUGUUAAUUGAAUCUUCUCGUAAUACACUGAAGCUUUUCUUCUUGCUAUGUGUAUAUGUUUUCGUGGAUAGACGACGUAGUAAUGCUGAUUGUGACCAAAAGUACCUAAUUUCCUUCUUUUUAAAUGAUAUCCUAAUGUUUACUGGAAAAGAGAGAGAGAGAGAGAGAGAGAGAGAGAGAGAGAGAAUG